ACUACACCAGUUAUCAAUUAUUUGGCCGACAGCAAUCUACUCGUCAUUCGCCUAUAUAGUACUAUAUUAUAGACUACUCCGUUUAAAAUACGAACAAAUUCAACCAAACUCGACAGAAAAAUGAACACCAACACUAUGUCACUGUUUGCGCUUGUCGCCUGCUGUCUGGUCACCAUGUCCGUCACCGCCCCAUCCGGUUUGGUCUCUGCACCCCUAGUCGCAGCACCUGUCGUGGCCGCCCCCGUCCAACCUGUGGUCACCGCUUACAGUUCGCAGUACGUGGCUAGAAAUUACAACGGAAUCGCCGUGGCACCCGCCGUCGUCCCAUCCGCGGCCAUCGUUGCCUACCCUGCAGCAGCUCCGGCACCCGUCUACGCACCCGCUGGACUCGCCUACCCAGGACCCCUGGUUCAAGACUAUCUUUUUUAACGACGACCCUCACCCCUACCAAAUAUAUUGUAAAUAAUAUUGCAUAAAAUAUAAUAUGAUGUUCACAAA